AUGGAAUAUUACUGCCGAAAAUAUGCUUAUAAAACCGACUGCGGCAUAGUACGGUUUUGGAUGGGACCUGUUCCAAUAGUUCUGCUUACACGAGUGCCUAGUAUUAAAGCUGUACUGGAAAGCCCAACCUUGACUACAAAGCCUGAAGAGUAUAAAAUUCUUGCACGUGUUACAGGAGACGGAUUGAUAACAGAUUCUGGAGAGAAAUGGCGUAGCAGAAGAAAGAUGAUUAGUUGUUUUUUUCACCCGACUGUUCUUCAGAGCUAUGAAACACGUUUUAAUAGCUACUCAUGCGUUUUAACAAAAAAACUGGACCAAUUUGCUGACAAGGAUGAAGCCUUUGACCUUCUCCCGUAUCUAAAGCACUAUACUAUGGAUCUCUCAGCAGAUAUAAUAUUAGGAUGUCAAACUAACACCCAGGAAGGUGAAAAUCUGGAAUAUUUUGAAGCAGUAGCACAUUUAGUUGAUGAAGGUCUCAAAGGCUUUCAUUCCCCAUGGCUAAGAAUUAAGGCCAUAUCGCGUUUGCUUGGUCACGAAAGAAGAAUUGAGAAAUCUGAAGCGAUUGCACGUGAUUUCGAAACAAAGAUGGUGCUAGCGCGCAAAAAGGAAUAUGACAGCAUGAAAACAAGGUCGGUUUCUGAGAAAACUUCGUCGGAAGAAAUAGACAAAAAAUGUUUCUUGGACUGGUACCUGAGCUUACAAGAUGAACACAAUUUGAGCAUUGAAGACAUUCGUGGAGAACUAGGAACUUUGUUGUUCGCAGGUGUGAAAACAAAACGUGUUUUUCAACCUUCUCAGAUUAAGCCUUCAAUGGUCGAAUUCCUAUAUGAUUUAACAAGGAGAGGGCCAGGAAAAACUGUUUCAGCUCAUAACAUCAUAUCGGACGUCACUGGGCUCUUCCUGUUUAUUUUGGGGAACAAACUGGAAUGUCAGAACAAAAUUUAUGAAGAGCUGAUUAGCAUACAAAACAACGCUUCUUCUUUCCAAGGUGAGAAAGAGCGAGAUGUUACAUCGGACGAUCUCAGAAGUCUGGUCUACUUAGAUCGAUGCGUCAAGGAAGCGUUGAGAUAUUACCCGGCAAUUCUAUUGUUCGGUAGACGCAUUACCAAAGACGUCAGGAUCGGAGAAUACACGAUUCCAGCUGGUGUAACAGCCUACAUUUCACCAUUCAGCGUAGGAAGAGACCCAAGGGAGUGGGAAGAACCAGAUUUCUAUAAUCCAGAUAACUUUUCGUCAGAAAAUGUCGCGAAGCGUGAUCCUUUUGCUUAUGUACCGUUUUCGGCUGGAAUUCGCAACUGUCUCGGUAUGAGCUCUUCCGUUAGAAAGUAUUUUUUGAAAUUAUAUAUAAACGAGAUUUUCUUAUGAGA